CCCCGCGACUGCGUCACCGGCCCCCAGCACGUAACCACAGCUGCCUCCGCCCGCUUCGGGCCCGGGCGGACGUUUUGCCGCCCCGGCGACGUCAGCGCGUCCGGCGUUGCUUGGCUACCCCGCCGGUCCCCCCGUCCCGCUGCCGCUCGCCUGCCCGGGGGCAAGUCUGACGCAGUCGCCGCCGCUCUCGGCCGCGUCACAGCGGCGGGCAGCCCACCUUCACGUCACACCUCUUCCUCACCUGCACACGCAUCCCUCCCUCCCCCGCCGACCGCGGCGUUCCCUCUCCCCUCUCUCCAAUCCCCUGCCCCUGAGGUGGCGGAAGAAGAUGGAGAUGGGGGCGGUGGGACAGAGUUGUGGACAAGGCUCCGGAGAGGGUCGCGAGGUGGGAGCCCGAACAGUGGGGGGAGCAAACUGAGGGCGUCUCUGAAGUUUGCCCUUCAACUGAGGAAUAGAGGGAGAGGAAGGACAAGCCCGGGGGCGCUCAAGGUCUCGCUGUGGCUGUAGCUCCAGGUCCUUUCCGUUCCACCCAACCCUCUCCACAUUUCUCUCUCACGCCACUUCUCUGCCAGCCUAGAUCCGUCCCGGUGCUCCACUGUGCAUGCAAUGCGACAGAUCCCAGGUGAGGAGGCCACCUAAUUUCUAGAGGACUGAGGAAGGGGCGGAGUCGCUAGUCAAAAUUGGAUUCCCAUAGGUAGAGAAAAAUAAUCUGACUGAACUUCUACUGUUGAGAGGAGAAAUUCAGGUCCAAAUAAGUUAUCAGCUUGUACCAUCGAUGUAUACAAAUAAAUAAUCGUUGUUAAUUAGCUCAUUAUACAGCCACUUCUCUCUCAGCACAUAGAUCUGCCAAAUUUCCUUCUGUUAGGUCCCUUGGGGUCAGGGGAAGAAAGGAUUAUGAGGUUAGAGAAAUUUUAUUCAUGGAUAAAAAUGUUGACGUUUUAAGGAUAGAGUGGGCAACCAGUCUUCUGCUUUAUAAAUCUCUCUGAUGCCCUUUCCAAUUCUUGUGAUGCUUCACUUGAGGGAGAUUUCCUUUUUCCUUUCUCUAAAUUCUGAACCACUCCAAAUAAGUUGGGGACACAGUAUAUAACAGUUCCAAAUAUCUACAAAUGCACACAAGUAGAAAUGAGAUGUUUUAUGAAACAUUUCAUUCUAAGAAGAGGGCACAUUUUCUUCCAGGCUAGUCUGAUAUGAGGAAGAAUAAUUUCAAAUUUUCCUGAAAAGAGGAUGCGUGUUACCUUUGCCUAACUCAUUCAAUUUAUUACCCUUUGGAAGAAUAAGAGAACAGUGGCAGAGAAUCAAGCUUAGGCUCUAGUGGACUAUUAUGAUAAAACUCUUCUGUAACAAUAAACUUUAAAAUAUACCUAAUUUAAGAAAUCUUAAUACUUUGACUUUUAUGACACUUUUUACUUCCCAAACUCCUGUCUCAUCUAUUAGAAACAAAUGUUAAACUAGGAUACGGUGGGCUGGAAGUAUUGGUUCUAAGAUACAAGUGGGAUCAGCUGGAUCAGGAGGAGUAUGCUGAGCUAGAGUUGAAGGAAGCCUCUGUUUCUAACAAGAGAAAGCAGAGUUAAAUAAUGGCCGAAACGAGUCUGUUAGAGGCUGGGGCCUCUGCAGCCUCCACAGCUGCAGCUCUGGAGAACUUACAGGUGGAGGCAAGCUGUUCUGUGUGCCUGGAGUAUCUGAAGGAACCUGUCAUCAUUGAGUGUGGGCACAACUUCUGCAAAGCUUGCAUCACCCGCUGGUGGGAGGACCUAGAGAGGGACUUCCCUUGCCCUGUCUGUAGAAAGACAUCUCGCUACCGCAGUCUGCGGCCUAAUCGGCAACUAGGUAGUAUGGUGGAAAUUGCCAAGCAGCUUCAAGCUGUCAAGCGGAAGAUCCGGGAUGAGAACCUCUGCCCUCAGCACCAUGAGGCCCUCAGCCUUUUCUGCUAUGAGGACCAGGAGGCUGUGUGUUUGAUUUGUGCAAUUUCCCACACUCACCGGGCCCACACUGUUGUGCCACUGGAUGACGCGACACAGGAGUACAAGGAAAAACUGCAAAAGUGCCUGGAGCCCCUGGAACAGAAGCUGCAGGAGAUCACCCGCUGCAAGUCCUCUGAGGAGAAGAAGCCUAGUGAGCUCAAGAGACUAGUGGAGAGUCGCCGACAGCAGAUUUUAAGGGAGUUUGAAGAGCUUCAUAGGCGGCUGGAUGAAGAGCAGCAGAUGUUGCUUUCACGCCUGGAAGAGGAGGAACAGGAUAUUCUACAGCGACUCCGAGAAAACGCUGCUCACCUUGGGGACAAGCGCCGGGACCUGGCCCACUUGGCUGCCGAGGUGGAGGGCAAGUGCUUACAGUCGGGCUUCGAGAUGCUUAAGGAUGUCAAAAGUACCCUGGAAAAAUGUGAGAAGGUGAAGACCAUGGAGGUGACUUCAGUAUCCAUAGAGCUGGAAAAGAACUUCAGCAAUUUCCCCCGACAGUACUUUGCACUAAGGAAAAUCCUUAAACAGCUAAUUGCGGAUGUGACCCUGGACCCUGAGACCGCUCAUCCCAACCUAGUCCUGUCGGAGGAUCGUAAGAGCGUCAAGUUCGUGGAGACAAGACUCCGAGAUCUCCCUGACACACCAAGGCGUUUCACCUUCUACCCUUGCGUCCUGGCUACCGAGGGUUUCACCUCAGGUCGACACUACUGGGAGGUGGAAGUGGGCGACAAGACCCACUGGGCAGUGGGUGUGUGCCGGGACUCCGUGAGCCGAAAGGGCGAGCUGACUCCACUCCCUGAGACUGGCUAUUGGCGGGUGCGGCUGUGGAAUGGGGACAAAUACGCAGCCACCACUACGCCUUUUACCCCUUUGCACAUCAAAGUGAAACCCAAACGGGUAGGCAUAUUCCUAGACUAUGAGGCCGGCACACUGUCUUUUUACAAUGUCACAGACCGCUCUCAUAUCUACACUUUCACUGAUACUUUUACUGAGAAACUUUGGCCCCUCUUCUACCCAGGCAUCCGGGCUGGUCGGAAGAAUGCUGCGCCGCUUACCAUCAGGCCCCCGACAGAUUGGGAGUGACGGGUUGGGACGUGGGAAUAACUGGGGUGAGGCAGGGUCAAGUGCUGUGGGCCUUCCUUCCUAUGUCCUGCUGGAACGUCUUCGUGUCUGCCUGGUUCCAGCCCUGAAUCAUCAUGGAGAAACACCUUGGUUUCCAGGAUGGUUUGUGUGGAGUAGUUAGGACUGGGCUGUGAUGAGAGAGCAUAGCUGUGUCCCCCUCCUGACUGUCAGGGUGGGAGCUGGUUCCCAGGGGAUUGUCUCCCACGAAGUCCAUCAGGUCUUCUAUUGCACAAGGAUGGGUUGGGAAGGAACGAGAGGCUUUUCCAGAAACAAAAAAUCUGUGAGAGGUUCUGACUUGCUCAAACUGGAGGAGGAAACAAACCCCUGUACAUCCUGAUUCUUUGACUCAGAAUAGUCUUGUUUCUUCAAGUAGAUCACAGGGGUCUGUGUACCUCUGGAUUGAAGAAAGAUGAAUGACAGUUGCUCUCAUGGGGCUAGAAGUUGAGGAGUUUUUCUGAGGGCAGAGAUUGGGCAUCAAAAACAUUAGAAGGAAGGUCAGGGAAGGGGGCUAAAGGAAAAGAUUCCUAGAGACCAAUGAAGGGGAGGGGGGUUUCUUUGGUCUUCUAUUCCCAGGAUAAGUUUGCCAUUAUGAGUAAGAUUGGCUGGGGGUGGGAAUGCGGGGAGGCAGAGAGGGUGAGAAGAAAGCAGAGGGGAACCCAAGUCCCUGCCUCAGCCUUCAGCCAAGUUGGCUUACUGCCUGCCUCCUUACAGUUGGUUGUCUCUAAGAAGUCAGUCACUUUGCUCCUCUCCAGAGGCAAGGUGGAAGAGAUCUUGCAAGACACAUCCACCCUUUCACUGUUUUCCCAAGGGAACUUGGAAAGGAGAGUCCAGUAUUAGAGGAAAGAGAAAGGUAUUUCUAUCCAAAGCCCUGGCCUUAAAGAAUGUCACUAAGUAGCUACUCCCAAGUUGUCAAUCUUGUUACCUGGCCAAGGUAUCCAAGCCCAAAAGCAAGAAAGGUAACGGAAUUUUUCUCACCCUGAGAACAGGGUAGAAGAGGGUGGUGUGUGUAGGGAAGGGCCAGAAAGGCAACUUCCUUUGGCCUGUGUGCAUCUGGCCUAGAACACAAGAGCCAGACUGUUGCGUAUUUGUUGCCAUCCCUCACCCUUUGCCAGUCCCCUUUUCAGAGAAUGUAAAUCGUUUCAAUGUUAGGCCAAAAUAAACAACUUUAGGGCACAUAUGUUGUCAUAAAAGGUAGAGCAAUGCAUGCCAAACCAAACUAAAACGAUUUGGAUUAUCUGCUCUUUGGGUAAUCUUCACAGAAGACUGAGACAAGAAACUACAAUUUAUUGAGGGCACUUCAGUUCCUCCUACCACCUCAACAGGACUUUGUCCAGACUCUCCUCUUACCUUUGUGCCUUGACUGUGGUUCUUUGUGGCAAGAUACUUUGGUUGGUAAAAAUAAUAUGGAACAAAGGAUCCACUGAAGUGA